CUUGGUCAACCCUCGGUCUCCUGCGCGGUAGUUCGAUAGGUACUACUGCUACUUAACCUACUGUCGGCCGUCACUCGCCUAAGGAAGUACAUAUCGGUCUAUCUACUUUUGUUUGCUCUUGUUUAUCUGGUCGCAUUCUUCUUUUAAACUGGUCUUGAGCUCAAAGCUCUACAUUAGUCCCGUUUUCUUACCCCUUUCCACUCUGCUCUGACGGUUCGUCAUCAACAAAGAUACUCAAAAUGGCGGAAAGCGAGCUGGCUCCCAAAUUCGCGCCAUUUUUCUCCUUUGCGGGAAUCGCAUCUGCAAUGAUUUUCGGGUCAAUGGGAGCGGCGUAUGGAACGGCAAAGUCUGGGAUUGGUAUCUCUGGUGUAGGAACGUUUCGGCCGGAUUUGAUCAUGAAGUCCUUGAUCCCAGUCGUCAUGUCGGGUAUCAUCGCGGUCUACGGCUUGGUCAUUGCAGUUCUCAUCGCAGGAGACAUGGCGCCGCCUCCAACACAGAACAUGAGCUUGUACACAGGAUUCAUGCACCUUGCUUCCGGAUUAUCGGUUGGCCUCGCGGGCGUGGCCGCCGGAUAUACUAUCGGCAUCGUUGGUGAUGCGGGUGUUCGUGCUUACAUGCAGCAAUCCCGAGUCUACGUCGGGAUGAUUCUUAUCCUGAUUUUUGGCGAAGUUCUCGGUCUUUAUGGCCUAAUUGUCGGUCUCAUUCUCAACUCGAAGAGCAAAUAAAUCCUUCUCCUUCUCCGCGCUUCACACCGAAUCUUCAAGGAUGUGCUUGCAACCUAAAGUACGUCCAGAUCGACGUGCAUAUCUGCGUAGCCAAAUGCAUGAGUUUCUUGGCUAUGGUAAAGGCGCACCGGUGUCUCCUUGUGGCAAGGGGCCAUUUCUGCGCGUGUGAUCUUCUGGAAGCUUAUCCGUAUGACUCCUCAGGUCCCUUUGUACUAGGUAGCUCCCACUCCAUAGCCCUGGACAUGAAGAUUUUAUCUCACAC